AUGGAAACGAAACUGUUGAGUGUUCCCUUUCGGAAGACAGAUCGUGUGAGUUUAUACACAUGUCUGAAGGGGGUAAUAGAUUCUGAGUUUUAUCAGUCAUCUUCUACUUUUGACAAAAACUUGCAGGAGAUCGACCAGUUGCGCAAGGCUGCAGAGGCUCCAUCCUACUCGCUGGAGUCGAUAGCUCUUCUUAAACGCUACUAUGUGCAGCUAGCGUCUUUGCAGACUAAGUUUCCCGAAGAUUCGAUUGAGUCGCCGUGGUACGGCACUCUGGGAGUUCGUGUGGACGGCCCUUUUACUUACAGAUCAAUAACCUAUGAACGAGCAAACGUACUUUACCAAAUAGCAGCGGCCUAUUCUCAGCUGGCAUUGAAUGUUGACAAUAAGCACAGUCUGGAUGCAAUCAAACAGUCGUGCAUCUAUUUGCAGCACUCUGCCGGCUACUUUGAGCUUUUACGAACUCAUAUCAUACCGCAGCUAACCAAUGUACCGCUUGAGCUGCGGUCGGAUGUUCUCGAAACAUUACAGCUGCUGAUGCUUGCGCAGGCACAGGAGAAAUUUUGGCUCUUUGCGCUGAAGAGCGACCUGAAAAACACAGUGAUUUCAAAGCUCUCUGCGCAAGUGUCGCAAUUCUACGCCGAUUCGCUUGCACUGGCUAAGAAAACUGUUUGUUUCAAAAAAGAUUGGAUUGAGCACAUACAUGUCAAGGCUUUGCAUUUCAAGGCUGCGGCCUAUUACCGAUGCUCAAUUCACUCUGGAGAGCAGGAAAAAUACGGUGAAGAAAUAGCAUAUUUACGCGAGGCAGAGCAAGUUUUCAGCACUAAAUUGCCGAAACUGGACAACGAAAUAGCUCUGGAGGACUUCAAGAUGCUCCGCCAGACAGUUUAUGAUACAUUACGGAAAGCUGAGCGAGAAAAUGACCUGAUAUACUUACAGGAUAUACCAAAAGUGGAGCCUCCAACCAAAGUUUCUAUGGUGAAAAGCAUUCUGCCCGAGGAAUUGAUAGAUUUGCAUAAGGCCAUUAAUAGCGGUGAAUACGGCAGACCUCUCUUUGAGGGAUUGGUCCCCUAUAGCGUGAUCCAGGUUGCAAUGUCCUACAAAGACCGUGUGGAAAACUACUUUGUGGUCAACUUUAAGGAACCGUUGGAAGAACUCAACAAAAAGAUUGAUACGGUAAUAAGUGAUACGGGCAUGACUGCACAAAUUGAAGCAAUCUUGAAGCCACAAAGCAUACCCAAUUGGGUUUGGGAAAACAAAGAAAAAUUGGAACAGAUGAGGUGGCAGAGCACUUUGAGAGAGCUAGAGUCAGAGUUGCGAGAGGCGCGGCGCAAUGCACGGCCUCAGUUGGUCAAGCUCUGGGAAGAAGUGCAGCUAGCUCGAGAGAACGACCAGCAGCAGCGCAGAUUGCACGGCUCGAAGUGGCAAGUCCCAGAUUUUGACGAGUCUGGGGCUGAGUGCUACGAAAUGCUAAAUAAGCUGGAAUCAUACUUGGACCAGUCCGCAAAGGGCGACCGCAUUAUUUUUCAGCAGCUCAAAGACCUCAAGCCAUAUUUGCAGGUGUACGAGUCGGCUGAGAGUUUGGAGGAAUUUAUUCCGAAAAGCCAAGUAUUGGAUCUAAACCCGGAUUUCAAGGACGUGGUGUUUAAGUUGGAUGACAAGGUGAAGCAUUUGAAAAAACUGAAGAACGAGCGCUAUGAAUUCCUGGAGAACAUGAGAAUCAAAAUGAACGAAAACCAAAUCUUGAUGCAGGUGACAGAACAAUAUAAGAAGCUUGUGUCGCAAAAUAUCGUUGUGGAUGAAAACUCAAUGCAGUACAUUCUAGACGAGAGUUUGCGGAAGUUCGAUGCAGAGCUCGGAUUUCUGACAAGCACAGCCGCGAUCCAAGACAGCGACAUAUCGCUCAUAUACGACCUAUACGAUAUUUUCAAGUCAUUGAAACGACAGCUGCAUGGAGGCAAGGAGCGCGAGACUGCUUUACGGGUAUUGCAAGACACGAUGAGCGGUUUUCGAGAGGUGGUCGACAACCUGAAGCAAGGUAUCCAGUUCUACCAGGACUACAUGGAGAACCUAGCCACGACUCGGCAGAAGGUCUCGGAUUUUCUCAACGACCGACGAUUACUGGUGAGUAAUCUUUGA